GCGUUUGCUUCUAACUAUGUUAUUUGUGAUUUUUUACAUGGGACUUCUGGUUUUUUCAAAUGCUUAUGACAAUGUUGCCCUUCACAUGCCAUCAUAUCAGAGCUACCCGUAUAAAGGCAAUGUUAUAUAUGACGCAGCCAAUGCAGUAGAUGGAUUAAAGUCAAACCUAAGCAUCGAUGGUGGUCAAUGCGUUGUAUCAGCAGCAGGGUAUGAAACUGCCACCUGGAGAGUGGACCUUCUCAGUGUGCACUACAUCGAUCACAUCACAUUGUAUUUUAUGACGAAUAACCAGCAUUGGGAUGAAUUGAACACCAGAAUAUCUAGUUACCUAGGAUUUUCCCUCUAUGUGUCCAACUCAACAGAUAGAUUAAAUGGAAUACUGUGUUUCAAAGACAUUGAAUACAAUAAAAGUACUAUACCAGAGGUAUUCAACACGACGUGCCGUAUGUUUGGACAAUAUAUCAUCUACUACAAUGAGAGAUUACCUGGAGUUGACUAUCCAAGCGACUACAAUGAUGAUGCUGAGAACGAUCUUUGUGAGGUAGAGGUAUAUGGGUGUCCAACACUAAACCCAGAUUGUGAUGUAUGGGAUCCAAUGAUGUGUGCCUGUCUGGUCUGUAAACCCAGCUACAUGGACAUGGAACCACACCAUGAAACAACAGAUUGGCCAGUUGGUUCAUAUGGAUACUACUAUGAUGAAAUGUGUGGUCAUUGUAAAGAUCCGACCCAAUGUUCCCCUGGUACUGGGAUAUGUCUUACAGGAUGCAGUGCUGGAUAUUUUGGACCGUCGUGUAAAGAAGAGUGUCAUAUUGGUAACUAUGGAUACAACUGCAAUGAGACAUGUGGUCAUUGCAAUGAUCUAUCCCAAUGCUCCACUACGAAUGGAAUCUGUCAUACGGGAUGUUCUUAUGGGUACACCGGAGGUUUGUGCAAAAAAGAAUGUAACAUUGGUCUCUACGGAUUUGGAUGUUAUGAUACAUGUGGUCACUGCAUUGAUCCGGCAGAGUGUAACCAUGUGAGUGGAACAUGUCGUACAGGAUGUGCAGCUGGAUAUCGCGGACGUUUGUGCAUAGAACACUGUUACGUUGGUCAUUAUGGGUAUAAUUGCAACGAGACGUGUGGCCACUGUUUUGAUCCAGCACAAUGUUCUAAUGUCUCUGGAACAUGCCGAACUGGAUGUGAAGCAGGAUAUUCAGGAAGAUUGUGCAAGAACGAAUGUAACAUUGGUCUCUACGGAUUUGGAUGUUAUGAUACAUGUGGUCACUGCAUUGAUCCGGCAGAGUGUAACCAUGUGAGUGGAACAUGUCGUACAGGAUGUGCAGCUGGAUAUCGCGGACGUUUGUGCAUAGAACACUGUGACGUUGGUCAUUAUGGGUAUAAUUGCAACGAGACGUGUGGCCACUGUUUUGAUCGAGCACAAUGUUCUAAUGUCUCUGGAACAUGCCGAACUGGAUGUGAAGCAGGAUAUUCAGGAAGAUUGUGCAAGAACGAAUGUGACAUUGGUCUCUACGGAGUUCUAUGUUAUGAUACGUGUGGCCACUGCAUUGAUCCGUCAGAAUGUAACUAUGUCACUGGAACAUGUCGUACAGGGUGUGCAGCUGGAUAUCGCGGACGUUUGUGCAUAGAACAUUGUGACAUUGGUCAUUAUGGGUACAAUUGCAACGAGACGUGUGGCCAUUGUAAUAAUGCAACACAGUGUUCUACCGUCACUGGAACCUGCCAAACUGGAUGUGAAGCUGGAUAUUCAGGAAGAUUGUGCAAGGACGGUUCGUGUUAUUUUUUUUUUUUUUACAUACUUCUGGAAAUUUGGGUAGUAUUUUUAAUUUCGAACUAUUUUGAAGGCAACCAACUGUCAUUUUAUACUUAAAACGUACUAAAAUUCAAUCCCGGUGUAACGUUUUCGCGCUCUCGCUUAAUAAAAAAAACCUGAAUAUUACAGGCUGUACCUUUGAGGCACGUUGCAAUAUUGGGUUCGAAGGUACCUUUAAUACAAUGAAUAAAAGAAUCACAUAAUAGGUAAAGUUUUUAGAAUUUUUAUUAACACGAACUCAAUCCAGAAGGUUGGUGCUGACUCCCGUCGGUGCUAAUUCUAGUCGGUGCUCGGCCCCGCACCGAACCCGGUUGCGUGCUGCUUACAUGUAACUAAAACUUCCACACUAGGUGCACUAUCUAGUCCUGUGCUACAAGUGCUAAAUUCUGCAAUUUUAUCUAUAAAGUUCUUGUACUAUAAUAAUUUUUACCGCACAUCGACUAAUCUAUUCAUUCAACAUUCAAAUAAUAUUAUAAUCUGUACAAAUACUAGAUUUGGGUAGUGCCAUGCAUAACUACACCCAUAUAAAGACUCGAUGCACACCGGCUAAACUUGGAAGGUGCAACCUGACCAAAUUGCACUAAUUUAGCAAAUUUUACACAAACCAAUUUCUGCGCCUUACUAAAGACAAGGCAAUUCUAAACUUUAUCUAAACUUCUUAAAAGCACAUAAUUAGAGAAAACCGGGAGAAAUAAAUUUUCCCGGGGUCAGAGUCCAGGGAUGCAUCGACUAAAUUCUACAUAUUUCCUAAACUUGUAAACUAAUAAAUUAUUUCAGCAUUCUUUUAUUUUACAUUCUUACAAUAAAUUUUCUACAUUUCUCCUACAUUUAUCAGAAAAAAUACAUAAAUUUAUAAUUUUACAGAUUCAUACCUUCUCCCGGUGCAAGCACUCGGAUAACUUUCUAUAAAUUAGGAUUCUGGCCUCUGACAACGCGCACUCCGUGCGUUCCUUUGUAUACUAUGACGCACAUCAUAUUUUAGGUCAUAACUUUGUAGGAAAAUCAAUAUUCAUUAAGAGUCUAAAGCUAAAAUUAAAGAUCAAUCAACUAACUAAACUUUUUUAAAACAUUCUUAAUCAAUUCAUAAACCAAUAACGCCGUAUUGAUUUAUUAUUUAAAAUCUGAACUUCGUAUACUGGAGUAAAUCCGGAAAUAUUUACGCUCUGCGUAUCUACUCGACGUUUACACAUCAAAUGACAUUUCCAGUUUGUCUUGAAAGGAACCAAACGGUAAAAUAGUUUUUACUAUUAAACAAACUUCGUAAAACUAUCUAUUUUAUCUGAAAAGCAAAGACUAAAUCUUGUGCUAACAAUAAAGACUAAGUUCCUGAUUUCAUUUUACAAUAUUCACGUAAUAGAAGACGUAUGUAUAUUCUGACUAUAAUAAAACAGCAAAUGCUCAUAGUCACAUUUACCCAGUUAGACUUAUGAAAUUAAGACGGCUUCAAAGACGCAACACUGCCCCCACCUAAAAAAAAAGUUUGGUCCCCAAACUGGAGAGAUCUAAGAGGUGCUUUUUAAACUCGUCUACGUCAAUGAGAACUCGGAAACCCGGCAUUACUGUUAUCUCUUUCACCACUGAAGAUCUGGAGCUACUGGAACGACACUGCAAGACGAACUAGCAGAAGACGAAAAUGAGGAUGAGGACGAAACACUAAGGGUCCUCUUCCUAGCAGGAAGAGCUACAGGGGAGGGCGACUGUCUCUCCUUAGGAGGAUUCACGGGGGAAUGUGAUCUCCUACUGCGUCUAGACCUCUUUGGUUCCGGAGACACUCUAGGGGAGGGAGGGACAGUUCCUCUAUCGGGUCGGGCAUCUGGCGACGGGGUGCGGGAGAUCCUGCCAGAGGGGUGGAGGCUUAGCUCCUUAAAGCUCCUUGGAGACACCACUAAAAUCAUCAAUUCUACGGGUAUACUUUUCUAACUCCUCCUGAGCUCUACUACCCCGCAUCCCAUCAGAGCGUAUUACUACCUCCAUCCUUCGGGAGCUUGAAUAUUUCCCAUGGCAUGAGGUGUGAUUGUCACGACGUGGAAAUAUCAUUUUGCUGCCAGUACAGGUAAAGGCAAAUCCUGAAUGUUGCUCCAUGGAGUGUCGUUUUACCAGAAACUUCCGGUCAAAAGUGAGGGAAACACAAUUUACACUCACACUUUUCUUCUGGCCUUGCCAUAGCUAAAUGACUAAAAAGGGACCUUGCCACUUUGGUUUUAACUUCUUAGAAUGACCUUGACUAGACUGUGGAUACCAUACAGCAUAUUAAAUUUUAUAGGCUCCAGAGGACGUCCCAUCACCAAAUCUAUAGGUAACCUGAUCUCUCUUGCAAGCAUCAACAUACUAAGCGAUACCCCUGUGGCUUCAUGUACAGAACUUCUAUACACCAUCAUCAAAAGAGGAAUAUGCUAAUCCCAGUCUUACUGGUUUUUUGCAUACAAAGGACAUUAUCAUAUUUUGAAGAGUACGGUUCAUCCGCUCUAUCAUCCCAUCCGACUGUGGGUAAUAACGAUAGGUUUUUAGUCUUGACUAUGCCUAACAAGGAACAUACUUCUUAAAAAAAAAAUGAUUCAAACACAUAUAAAACACAAAGAAAC